CUUUCUCUCUUCCCCUUUUUAUUUUCUACCCACCCACACACACACAAACAUACACACACAUUCCUUCCUCUCCCUCUCUCUUCAGCAUGUUCUCUCUCUUCCUGUCUCUCAGGUCAUUGCCCUCCCUUUUUGCCUGCUCUCUCCAGAGUUGUGCUCUACAGAGCAGCCAGGAGUAGAGAGGUGCCUCACCCAGAGAUCAGGCUAUGUUUCGGCUGUCCCAGACCUGUUUCCUUCUCCUGCUGCUGCACGGCGUGGCCUCCGAGGUCUUCCUGAACAGUGACGAUGCUAACCAGGUUCUGAACCGGCAGCGGCGGGCCAACAGCCCAUUUGAGGAGUGGCGGCAGGGAGACAUGGAGAGAGAGUGUAUCGAGGAACGCUGUGACAGAGAGGAGGCUAGGGAAAUCUUUGAGGAUGACAAACUGACUACUGAAUUCUGGAACAAAUAUUACGAUGGAGAUGCCUGUGUGUCUAAGCCAUGUGUCCACAAUGGGGUCUGCAAGGACGGGAUUGGAAUGUACACCUGCUUCUGUCUCGCUGGAUUCAAGGGGUACAACUGUGAGAUUGCCAUUCCUGAGCUGUGUGAGAAUAACAAUGGAGACUGUGAUCACUUCUGCCACGUGAAGAAGGACAGUGUGCAAUGCUCCUGUGCCGAUGGCUACUAUCUGGACACAGACGACAAGUCCUGCCUUUCCAACGAGGCCUUUAAGUGUGGCUUUGUGGUAUCCAAGAAAACCCGCACCAUCUUCAUCUACCAGCCUAACACCACUGCCACCAACACCACUGAAAAUACCAACAUGAUGGAGGACCCUAACGUAACCAAACAGAGAGAAAUCCCAUUUACAUAUGAGGAGGACGUUCUCGACAUGGUGAAGGAGAAUCCAGUCAUUGCCGAGGCGAGAAGCGACAAGCGUAUUGUCGAUGGGGAGGAGUGUCCUCCAGGAGAAUGUCCUUGGCAGGCUUUCCUGGUAAACCACGAGGACAGGGGCUUCUGUGGAGGAACCAUCCUGAAUAAGUACUUCAUCUUAACGGCAGCCCAUUGCAUGAACCAGACACGCUCCUUUUACGUUGUCCUGGGAGAGUUUGACACGGAGGUGAAGGAUGGGCAGGAGGCCAUACACCAGGUGGAACAGGUGUUCAUCCACAGGUCCUACAUCUCCACCACCUAUCACAACGACAUCUCCCUCGUCAUGCUGAAGGACCCUAUCAAGUUCACCCAGUACAUCCUCCCCGCCUGCCUGCCCGAACGCGACUUUGCAGAGAAGGUGUUAAUGAAACGGCCCGACGGACUGGUGAGUGGGUUCGGCCGUGUGGGGGAGGCCAAGCAGCCGUCCACCAUCCUGCUGCGUCUGACCGUGCCCUACGUACCACGGGCCACCUGCCUUCAGUCCAGCCAGCACAAGAUCUCCAACCGCAUGUUCUGCGCCGGCUACGAUAAGGAGAAGAAGGACGCGUGCCAGGGGGACAGCGGCGGACCCCACGUCACCCGUUACGGGGAGACUUGGUUCGUGACGGGCGUGGUGAGCUGGGGCGAAGGGUGCGCCCGUGAGGGCAAGUACGGCAUCUACACGCAGGUGUCCAAGUACAUCGACUGGAUCCGGGCAGUCAUGGGGAAGUUUCUCCCCAAGGAGGGAGGGAAGAGGAAGACAAGGGGGGCAGGUAGAAUGCACUCAAUGAUGUGGGUUUGAGGGAGACAAAGGAGAGAGGAGAACCAAUCAAUAAAGAGGCUUGGGGAAUUAUGAGCAAUAAACAUUGUUGUGUGGUUUAUCACUGUUUUUCACAAAAUGUAUCCAAGACCAAGUAACUUAUGGUAAAGAAAAAAAACAUGUUUUGUUUGAAUGUCCAGUCAUCACAUACCAACAUUAAACUACAUUACACACUAUAAAGUUGAGUCAGGAGUGCCAUUAGACAGAAAUGUUCCUACUGUUCCUGUUUUUUUAAAGUACAAACUGAAUCGAUCUAUCAGAAAAACAGCAGGGUUCAAAGGUCACCAUUGACUUGAAUCAUUGCUGGUGUAAGUACCGAGCACACAAGGACAGGUGGGUUUGCUGUUUGCUCUACUGUGUGUACAGUCUAGAGUCCAUCUGUGGGUCAGUGUGUUUGUGAAGACCUAAUGUGAUACAAUGAGUUUUACUGAACAUUUCAUCUCAAUUUAUCUUCAUAACAUAUUAGCAUAUUUGUUAGCUAUUAUAUUAUUAUUAUAUUGAACCAAUCAAUAAAGAGGCUUGGGGAAUUAUGAGCAAUAAA